AUUGUCAUUUGGUGUUUUCAGUGCCGUAGUGUUGUUGCAAUAAAUUGGAAAGCAAGCCGGACAAUUUUUUUUUUCUGCGGAGUAAGCCAUCUUGGCUAUAAACGAUCUUUGUUCGAGAUCCAUUCUUAUGCUAACGGCUCUGGCCGAUUUACCGAGGACUGAACUAAUACGUGUAGAUCCAUUGUGUUGUCUAUACUGAGCUGAGCCGGACCGAAGAAAAAAGUGUCAUGACAACUGUGGACGAAUGACCAGUUCGGGACGACAUUAUGGACAAACAGCCUGUGCUAUUGUGCUCCAGGCUUUUCCAGAAGCGCAGGCAGGCGGAUGUGACUCUGAGCCGAACGGUUCUGGCCUGGACGGAAACAGAGAAGAGCAGAAAACGAAGGACAGGCAUCAGUAGCUUCUCUGGAAAAGCUCACAGUCAAGCUGUUCAGGUGUGUGAACUUGUGACUGUCCACAAGGCUGAAGAAGAUUGGACCAGAAGACGCAAGAAAAAAGCCAAGCAGGUCGCUGAGCUGUACCCUCAUGCAUUCACAGUCUCGUACGUUAGGAGGACGCAGCAGCACCGGUGGCGCUGCGCCGACGUGACUUUCCGGUGCACCAGUCUGGCACUGUGUGAGCGCUGGAUCCACGUUAUCAACGAGCGGCUGUCACUACUCUCCAACCGACCAAAGAGCCUUCUGGUCUACAUCAAUCCCUACGGCGGGAAGCGGCGAGGGAAGCACAUAUACGAGCAGAAGGUGGCGCCACUGUUUCAGCACGCCUGCAUCUCGACCGACGUGAUUGUUACAGAGCACGCCAAUCACGCCAGAGACCACUUAAAAACGGAAGCCAAUCUCGACAAAUAUGACGGGGUUGUGUGUGUGGGCGGGGAUGGGAUGUUCAGUGAGAUCCUACACGGGUUGGCCACAAGAACCCAGACUGACCACGGCGUGGACCAGAACCAGCAGGACGCCGAGUUAGUGCCGUGCUCUCUGCGUAUUGGAAUCAUCCCUGCAGGAUCUACAGACUGUAUCUGCUUUGCCACCGUGGGGACCAAUGAUCCAGUUACUUCAGCUUUGCACAUCAUUGUGGGUGACUCUCAGCCGAUGGACGUCUGCUCCGUUCACCACGAUGACACCUUUCUCAGUUACUCAGUCUCGUUGCUCGGCUACGGUUUCUAUGGAGAUGUACAGACUGACAGCGAGAGGAAGCGGUGGCUUGGCCCUGCCAGAUACGAUCUGUCAGGGGUGAAAACCUUUCUGAACCACAACCACUACGAAGGCACCAUCUCCUUCCUCCCUGCAGAGAACCACAUGGGGAACCCCAGGGACAAGCUGCUGUGUCGAUCAGGGUGCAGCGUCUGCCAACGCGGGCCUCCGGUGAAAGAGCAGCAGUGGCAGCUGUCAGAGAAGAAAAAGACUGAAACUGAUGACGGCAGUGGAUGGAGCGUGGUGCGAGGAAAGUUCCUCGCCAUCAACGCGGCCAGUAUGAGCUGCGCCUGCCCACGAAGCCCAAAAGGCCUGUCACCGUCCGCGCACCUGGCCGACGGCACCACUGACCUCAUCCUGGUCAGGAGGUGCUCCCGCCUGGACUUCCUCAAACACCUUCUCCGACACACCAACAAAGACGAUCAGUUUGACCACUCGUUUGUGGAGGUGCACCGCGUGAAGAAGUUCCGCUUCCAGCCGUGGCUCCAGGAACCGGGUUCGCUGGAAGACCUGAGCGAGGCGACCAAGAAGACGGGCUUCGCUCCAAUCUGCUCCGGUCAAACCCCCUGCAGCUACAGCAAAGCCCAGAGCAGCUGGACCUGUGACGGGGAGAUCCUGUGUCACGCUGACAUCCAAGUCAGUGUCCGGUGUGGGCUGGUCAGGCUGUUCGCCCGCGGCAUCGAGGAGCAGCAGCCGCAGCAGUGUGUGUUGGACGACCCCGGUCCACUUUCAGCCCCGGACCCAGGCCAACAGCACGUGGACUGAGAGACGGAACGGUGACAUUUGGCCACAGAGAAUCACUUCACAAAGCUUCACUCGUCUCAAAGAAUUUUGGCCCGGAAAAUACACACCACCUAGCUGCCAACUGUUGGCACGGCGUAUCUCUUUAGCGCAGGGAGUCUUCUCAGUGCACCAACGACAUGAUGAAAUGAUAGAAAAAAAUAAAUAAUAAAUAAAUAAACUGUCACAAGUCAAGAUAGGAAGCUGCUGCCACCAGCUAUUAAAAUUGAAAGAUGACCAUCCACAGAGGCAGUGUGGGAGUUCAAACCCACAGAGAUGAACCGUCCUGUGCUCAGGACUCAAAGCAUUUAGACAGAGAGAGUUCCCACAUCAGCACCGAGGCUGUUUCUGUCUCCUCUCAGAGGUGGAGACGAGACAGGAGCAGCCGAGGAGGAUAAAAUAUCCAAUAAAAACAACCUGUGAAUUGCACUGAUAAAAUAAAUACAAGGAAAGAAAAAAGGAAAAAAAAAAACACCUAAAUGCCAGGGCGGUAGCUGGGAUAAAAUAAAAUAAAAGAAAGCCCACACAUGCAAUCUGCUGCUCCCUUUUUGGGAAAAAUAUAUUUCAUCUCUGACUCAGGUGAAAGCAGAUAUGAGCCAGGGGCGCUAAUGAAACGAACUGAAUACCCUGCUAAUACACUAACAGGACCCCGGUGGCUUCUGGGUAAUAAGGCAAAGUGGUUGCUAAGUGAUUCACUGUGUCUCAGCGCUGCUGCUCCGCACCUGUGGCUCGAAGGCUCAGUUUCUCUUUGGCUGGAAGCAGCGGCGCUCAGGCCGUCAACUGGGAUUAGGCGGAAAUUAUACACCGUUAGUGUUAUUACGGAUAAUCAGUGGUGUGGACUGAGAAAUGAGAGGGUCAAGCUGGUCUUGAUGUUCCCGGGAAAAUGUUGGAAAAAGAAGGCAGCGGAGGAAUUUUUAGUCUGUGUUUCUGUUUUGAAAAUGUAUUUAUUUAGGAGCAGGUGUGACGACGUAGCUUAACUAAUUAGUCUCUGGACUCGUGAGGUUUUACCGACCAACUCGGCCAAAAUCACAAAAAUCAACAUUAAAUAAAUGUCAGUGGAUGAGCAAAACAAAACGCGCACACACACACAAACAUGUUUUUUGUUUUUGGGAGCACUCCACAUAGACGUAAAGCAUUCCAUCGACCCCUUAGCUCUGAUCUUAAUAAUGCUAAUCCUUACACUGACUCAUGACCCCAAUUUUUAAUCCAAAGUCCAAGGUAAACCUUAACAUACCCUCUGACUUAUAAGGAACCUGAAAAUGUCCCCACAAGUAUAUCUACACCAGGAACACACACACGCAUUGGAACACUUCUAUAGCCGUUAACUUUACUGCAGUAUAACAAACACAUGCUUAAUCCCAAUCCUGACACCAAAUCUAAUCUGACCCUAAUUCCAAUCCUCACUCCAAACAAAACCUUAAACCUCAGGACAUUGGAACAAUCAGAGAAAUGAAGUGAAUGUUGUGUCAAUCAGACCUGAGAAGUUUGUCCAUUCACAGCUGCUGUAGCAACAUGGCCGACUCUUCAUAUGCAGAUUUUUAAAUGAAGGCUAAUUUGUAGCUUAUGUUAAAAAUAAAUAAAUAAAAGAACAAGAAGACUUAAUCCCGGACGAUUGUAGACUGAAUGUCAAAUGUGAACUUGUUGUUUGCAUUUGUUUGUAGUUUAAAUUUCCUUAAAGUAGGAAUUCUAACCAAAUUGCGACGAUUAGCUAGGCAAGCUAGCUAACUAGCAAGCAAGCUAGGACAAGUAGCAAUAUAAAGUUUGAACUUGAAAAUUAAACUAACUACCUUUGGAAAAAAAAUAGUUCUUGUUAAUGUAGCUGUAGUUUAGCUCCACAAGAGGCACUCUUCCGACGUUGGAACUUGAGCUUUUUGUUUUGUUUUGUUUUUUUUUUUGUUUUGUUUGUUUUUUUAAAUAUGAGAAAGACAUUUCACACCAAAGCAUGUAGACGCAGGAGCAAGUGAGUUCUAGUUUCCUAUUUCAAAUAGAAUUAUUUUAGAAAACCGUACGUCUUUAAAUGCAAAACAAGUAAAUAAUUAAAAUGAAAUGAGCUGUGAUGUCAGUAGAUUUUUUGAGGUAAAAUAUAUAUUUGUCAUCUAUCGUAUUAAAUGGCUUCUAGAAU